CAUGUACCCAAAAUAACACCUCUUCUUGUUCAGCACCCUAAGUCGAAGGAAAGCUGUGUUGCCUCUCAAUGGAGGAAAGUGCUACAUUUGCCACUCUUGUAUAAUAUUAGCCACAUCUCGCUGGCCUCGUUUGCCUUCACCAACGACCGGACUCGUCUGCGUUUAACGUAGGGGAACAAAAGUGGCAUCAAACAUGCGUAAAAAUCAAGGCCAUCCAAGCAGGGAACCACCGAGAAAGGACUUAACGCCGCUCAUCUGAGGCCAAUCUCCAGUUAUUUUUUGUUGGUCAAAUCAGGAAACACAACUCAGCUAGCUAGCUAACGUUAGCUCCGGCGAUAACACCUUCACACCAACGGAGAGGCCAAGAGGAUCAUCAAGAUUGGAUCCGAACGACGGGAAAACGUGCUAAACUGUAGGCAGCAAUGGGUGCGUUUCUGGACAAGCCGAAGACUGAGAAGCACAGUGCACACGGCGAAGGCAAUGGCCUUCACUACGGCCUGAGCUCCAUGCAGGGCUGGCGGGUGGAGAUGGAGGAUGCCCACACGGCCGUGGUAGGCCUCCCCCAUGGACUCACCGACUGGUCCUUCUUUGCCGUCUACGACGGCCAUGCAGGCUCCCGAGUGGCCAACUACUGUUCCGGCCACCUGCUGGAACACAUCCUGUCGGGGGGAGCAGAGUUCGGGUCCGGGCCUGGCUCCGUGGAGGGCGUGAAGGACGGCAUCCGUGCAGGUUUCCUGAAAAUCGACGAGUACAUGCGCAGCUUCUCUGACCUGCGGCAGGGCUUGGACCGCAGUGGAUCGACGGCCGUUUGCGUGCUGCUCAGCCCUACCCACCUCUACUUCAUUAACUGCGGGGACUCUCGGGCUGUGCUAAGCCGAGACAGCAAAGUGGGCUUCUCCACCCAGGACCACAAACCCUGCAACCCUCGAGAAAAGGAGCGAAUCCAGAAGGCCGGUGGCUCAGUCAUGAUCCAAAGGGUAAACGGCUCCCUGGCCGUAUCCCGGGCCCUGGGGGACUAUGACUACAAAUGUGUGGAUGGUAAGGGACCCACGGAGCAGCUGGUGAGCCCGGAGCCUGAAGUGUGUGUGCUAGAGCGGGCUGUUGAAGGCGAUGAGUUUGUGGUGCUGGCGUGCGACGGGAUCUGGGACGUCAUGUCCAACGAGGAGCUGUGUGAGUUUGUGCACUCGCGUCUUCUGGUGUGCGACGACCUGGAGAAAGUGUGUAACUCGGUGGUGGACACCUGCUUGCACAAGGGCAGCAGAGAUAACAUGAGCGUCGUCUUGGUGUGUUUACCCGGCGCUCCUAAGAUCUCAGAGGAGGCUGUAAAGAAAGAGGAGGAAUUAGACAAAUACCUGGAGGCCCGCGUUGAGGAGCUCCUUGCAAAUUGCGGCGAGGCCGGGACCCCAGACCUGCUGUCUGUGCUGAGGAGCAUCACCACAGAGAACAUCCCCAACCUUCCACCGGGUGGCGGCCUGGCGAGCAAACGCAGCGUGAUUGAGGCGGUGUACAACAAGUUGAACCCUCACAAAGAAGAAGAAGGGUGUGCUGGUGAACUGGAAGACCCCUGGUAGCCACGGCAACCACCCGCAUCCCCUCUCUGUGCUUGAGUGCAUCUGCUCGGAGGAGGAGGAGGAGGAGGAAUGUGUCUCUCCAUUGCGCCAUGUUCUUUCUCUACUUAAAAGGGGGGACUUGUGUAUGUUGGAGUGUAUGUUGGUUGUGUGUGUGUUAUUGGAGCAGUGGGGACAACAAUAUGCACACACGUCUCUAAGUAGGAGGGGGGUGUCAAGAUUUUAUGAACUGAAGCAUUGUGAUGGUAGAGAUCAUUUUUACCAUUUAUGCUGGGGUUUUUUUUUUUUUGAAUGUCGACGCCUGACUUCACAAUGACAUGAGGUGUGUGUGUGUGUGUGUGUGUGUGUGUGUGUUGUAAAGAAUGGUCAAGAGAAGAUGGUGGAUAAAGACUUUAAAUUCUUCUCCUGGACUUUUUUUUUUAAGGGGGGUCCCCUUACACACACCCCCUUUCCGCAAACUUACACACGCACACCCGGACGCAGCACCAAUACUGUACUGUAUGUGAUGUGCCACCCUCACAGGCCGUGAUGCAUGAGGAAAUGGACAGUCAUUGAUUGACACUGACUGCCCCCGUCUCGCCGGUCCCACCCCUCCGAAUGACCUCGGGACUCUGAUUGGCUCCCUUUGUCUUUGUGUCGUCAUGGUGAUGAUAAUCAUAACAGAAGAAAGGAAGAGAAUGGACCUCUUUGGGAUAGGAAGGGGUGAGUGUAGUAUCACUGGUUGGACUCUUUUUUUUGAGUGGUGGAGUGUCUGGGGGGGCUUCCUCACCCCAACCCACCCACCCACCACAUUUGGAAGUGCACAUUGCGGCAUGUUCUGUCCCCCCACCCCUUCCUUUUUUUUUUUUAAUGUUGUCCAUGAGGUUACUCUUAGCUGCUCACUUAGAGUGAGUCAAGUCGUCGUUUUAAUAAUCCGGUUGUUUCUGGUUCACGUUUGUAUUGCUGUUGUUUGUUUGCACUCACAUUUGAUUACAGAAAGCGUCUAUAUAUGAAAUAAAACAACAAAUAUAGCCGGCUGUGGACAAGGUGCAGCUCCUUUUCUGAAGAAGGAAGAAAAAUCGGACAGCAACGCGAAGUGCUGUGGGUUUUCAAAAUAAAAGGCGUGACAUCGA